AUGGCACGCACUGGCGAGCGUGCCUCGCAUACCUCCUUCUUCAGCUAUAAUAUUCAACGGCCGUACCCACUGCGUUGGUUUACACCAGUGGCCAUAAUCGGAGGCCUUGUUAUCACCAUACUGGUAUCUUUCGCCAACUUCGUUGCUUCCGGCUAUGAGCUUACGACAGUGUACGCCAGCGACCCGGACAGCAUCGGCAAGGAGCUAUGGUUCAAGAGCUGGCCAAGCUGGCUCCGACAGAACAUCGAGGCGUCGUGCGAACCUGCUAACUUGCCGGUGAACUCUCAGUUCUUCACGAACCAGACCGCGCUCUCGUACACGUUAACAAGCGUUCACACCAUCGAGCAUGGGGUCAACACUACUUCGCCAUCUCUUCCUUACCUGGACAACGUUCUAAAAGAGUGCAAGGUCCUCAACAUUACGAUGGACUUCGAUUGCAGCCCGUACCAGACCCCGACGCAGCGUGCGCUAGCCCUGUGUGCCAUUGACACUCGUGCAUUUUCUACCUGUACAAUCGAGGGGCCAAAUGGCUUGACAGUUUUGAACUUCACAAGCCUCUACAACCCCAAACAGAGUCACUUCAGUCCCGGCUCUUCCAGUUUCAUCGCGACCAACGUUACUACGAAAGCGAGUCUCUGGUGGGCCCAGCAAUUACUCACGGCUUCCUGGCUCGAUACCGAUGUCAUCCUGUACGACCUCCUAGGGAACAACUUUAGCAGCUACAAUGAAGGCAAGGAGAUACCUUCUGGAGCUGCCAACUUCUAUCGACACGAAGCACAAGGUGAUAUCACGCAACUCGACUUCUUCGAUCUGUGGUUCGACUUCACGGCGGAGCUGACCAAGACGUUCUACUAUGGCACCAACUCCGUACAGGCAUUCGUAGAGGAGCCCAGUGUGGCAGGAACCGACGGUCCUCCAAUGUGGAAACAAGCCGACACCCUGGCGAAAGCCAUGUACAGUGCAGUCAUGACGGAUCUCGGCCAGAUCAACGCCUCCAGCUCAUCCAACAUCGUGGCGAACCCUGAUCACAUGCAGUUCUUCUCGAGAAACUUCAGCUCACUCCACAACGCGGAUAUGGUCGUCGGUGUACCAUAUCUCAUGCCAGAUGUACCGGAUGGCACGUACGAAGAGUUGCGCGACAGCUUGGGCUCGGGACCGCUGGAAGUGACUCCGUCAGUCAUCUCGACCAAAUACUUAUGCUCGGUUCCCCGCCUGAAGACCGCGGGCAACAUCUUCAUCUCUAUCCUGCUGGCUGACCUUGUGUUGCUUCAUGCUGCUUGGGUGCUGUACUGCCUGGUCGUGGAGCGCUUCUUCGUGCGAGGUCCCAUGGCGAAUACCUGCGAAGGCUGCCUCCAGGCUGCGCAAGAGCUGCAGCCUUUUGGCAGUGACCACGAAAGCGGUGCAAAUUUGCGGCCGAGCAUGUCUGGUGCAGCGUCGUUUUCGACAGAGACAGACGCAAUCGUCAGCGCCGGUUCGAGACAGCUUGUUACAUCACGGCGAUCGAUUCUCACCACGACCGUGACCAAAAAGAAUGUUGAGACGGACUGGAAGCUGCUUGGACCAGUACGAACGAACACUCCAGCUCAAAUCGAGCCCAAGGCCUUCUUCAAUUGA